AUGACCCCUAUAAGCAGCAGCGGCGGCGAUACAAACAGCGGCAGUGGCCAGCAGACAAUGCAGGAACUGCCGCCAUUGCAUCUGCUGCAGCCCCCGCACGACCCGCUACUGCUGAUGCCUUAUGGACAGCAGCAACUCGCUUCUCAGCAACCCCAGCAGCUGCUGCAGACUCACACCUCUGAGGAGCAGCCGCUCGAACAGCAAGACUUUCAGCUGCUUUUGCAACCCCUCUCAGGCUCUGCAACAGAAGAGCAAGACACUCAAGAUCACUCGCAGGUGCUGCAGUCUUCGCUUCUGGCUAGUGAGGUACCUCUGCAGCCACCACCGGCCCCCAACAGCAGCAGCAGUAGUAGUAGUAGUGGUAAGGAACUUUGUCAUCCUACCGAUUUUGUUACUCCCAGCACAGUGUCAUGCAGCGGCAACAGCUGCAGUCGCAGCGAAAGCAGCAGCAACAGCAGCAGCAGUAAAGUUCCUCUGUCGUCGCUGUUGCCUGGAGGCAGUGGAUGCAACAGCGGGUUCCUCUUGGGUGCUGGAACCACCGAUUCAGUGACCUCAACUCCUGUAGCCGCGGUAGGCUCUUCUACCAAUGCUGCUGGUGCAACUGCUGGAGCAAUAUCUGGUGAGGAAGAACACCAGAAGUCGGAGUCACCAGGGUCAGGUGCUGCCGUUCGCGCUAAUACGGCACCACCAACAGUAGCGGACACGGAAGCAUCUUGCGCUCCUUCAGCUGCAGUGGCAGCCUUCACGCGAGAUCUAGCCGCUGCAGUAGAUGCCGGCGGAGGAGCAGAUGCUGCCGUAGUAUCAGGAAGGGACGAAGCCGCACAUACAGGUAUAUCAGCAUCCACUUGUGCACAAGCAGGUGCUAUUUUAAUAUCAGCUGGUGCUGCAGCAUGCGGAACUGGUACCGCAGCUGACGAUGGCAGGACCAGCAACCGCCGCAACCAUCGCGGCCGCCGCCGGAAGGGUGGCAGCAGCAAGAACCUCAGCAAACGUGAUGGUAUCAGUCUUACAAGACGUAACUGCUUGUGCAGUAGUAGCAUUCGUUUGCUACCUGCCCGCUUGCUUCCCGUGUCUCUGCUGUAUGGAGAGCGGGCUCUCUUAGAGCCACGCAUGCAUCAGCGACAGUUGGACUAUCCGCUGCAGCAGAAGCAGGAGCUGGAUGAAGCACCAUACGUUGAUUUUGAUGCAACGAGCCGGUUUCCCUUGCAUCUUCCAGAGAUGGACGCGCCGCUGCUUGCAAAUGCGCUGGAGCAGGCUGCAGCAGAGGCUACCGCUGCCCACCGAGACAUCUUUGUCUGGUUCUCAACGCAAAGGCAAUUUCCGACGUUUCAGUUCAACAGUCGUAGAGGUGCUUUUCCUACCAGAAUGAAUGAAAUAGCAACUCCUGAAGAUGCAGUUGCUGCAGCAGCUGCAGCAGGUGGUGCCUGUGGAGACGCUAACCAAACCGUUGUCGCUGCAUCAUGCAGGAGCGCUGAUAAAGGCGAGCUGGCAGGUGACGCUGCGGAUAUACAGAACCCAGCUGAGAUAACUGCAACAGCAGACCCAUCUGCUGAUGGCGCUGCGUCCGGUGACGACCCGGAGUUUUUGGCAGCAGCAUCCACCGCUGCUGUUGAGGCGCAAAAGACAAAAGAAGUUAUAGAAGCGCUUCCUGUGCUGCGGAUUCUGGAGAGUCUACUUUAUCGUCAUACUCUGCAGCUGGAACGCCAUCGGGAGCCGCUGCUGCCGCGACAGAAACGGCAGAUGCUGCUGCUGUUGCUGCUUCACGUCAUCCGUGUGCGGCCUCAGCUGAGGCCAGCGCUGCUCGACCCCCAGGUGUCUGCUGAGAACAAAGAAAAAGUUCUCUCCCUUCUGCUAGUGGAGGUGCUGCUCGUGGCGGGGGGCCAGAUGCAGGAGCAGUGCAAGCAGAUUUUCGAAGACGCAAGGGAAGAGGGCAGCAAGUCCAUAGCAGCAGAAGCAGCAGAGGGAAGCAAAAUGGGAACGCGGGUGCUGCAACUACUGCAGCGCUUGGGAACUCGGGGUGCUGUUGUUCUGGGGGACUCCAGUGUAGCUGCAGCACGCGAGGCGCUGUUGCAGACGGUAACUCAUUUAUGGGGACAACGGCUGCCUCAACAGCAGCAACAGCAGCAGCAACAGCACCAGGCAGCGCACACGCUGCUGCAGGUGGUGACGCGCUUGGAUUCGUUGCCUCCGCAUCUGUUGAUGCCACUGCCAAAGCAGCUCCUUGCUCUUCGUGACCAGCCACCCAUGCUGCAGCAUUUGGGAGUGCAGCUGCUGUUGGCGGAGCGGCAGCCACCGGGUGGUGCUGCUGCUGCCACGAAGUCUGCUGCUGCGACAGACGCGGUGGCAGCAGCUUCUACCGGCGCUGGCAACGUGCAAGCGUCCCUGCCGUCCGCCUCGCCGCAACCACAGCAACCAGUUGCUUCGUCCGGUCCAGGCCCACGCGUUACAGACCUGAAAAGCAACGAACAACAUCAUCAACCACAGCAGAGUGGUGGCAGCAAAAACAGCACUGAUGGACAGCAGUUGAAGAAGCCAUCACGGAAAGGUGUUGGCAUGUCUGGUUGGGCCUUGUUUGCCAAGGAGAAAAGGCUUGAGCUGUUGCAAAAUGGACAGCUCACUGGGGAGACGCUGCCAGAGCAGACGAGCUGCGUUGCGAAGUUCUGGCACGCCCUUUCGAAGGACGGGAAGGAAGCAUGGGGCCGCCGUGCCGAGCAGCUCAACAGACUUGCGGCAGGGGAGCGGGGCAAGGAGGUUGAAAAAAAGCCGCAGCAGCAUCAUCAGCAGCCUGGUGAAUCCCCUGCAGUUUCAGCAACCAGUGCGCAGGCAACACCACAGCAGAGCACACUUCAAAAGAUUGCCCAAAAACAGCAACAGCGGUCAACACCUGUAGGCGCUGGUGGAGCUGAGGAGGCAUCGCAGCAACCAGCGCAGCAGACACCACAGCCGUCACAGCAGCAGCAGCAGCAACAGCAGCUGCUGGGGUCUAUCGCAAAGAAGAGCCCGCUCACAGGGACGCCCCCAAGAAAGCGGAAGAGAGGAGGACCAGGAGACAAGACAGGGGGCCACAGAGGGUACACAGCGUUCACCUUGUUUGCGCGCGAGACGCGCAUGAACUGUAAGGAGCUUGGCAUCGACUGUGGGGCCUCUCUCAGUGAACAGAACACAUUUAUUGGGGACAGGUGGCGUCAGUUGUCAGCGGAGGAGAAGAGAAGCUUUCAAUCGCGAGCCCGCGCAGCAAAUGAAGCGUGGAAGAAGCAGCAGUUGGAGCAGGGGCAGCAACAGCAACAGCAGCAGCAGACGCAGCAAAAAAACAAGCAGAACCCACGUCCACAAGUUACUCCACCGGUUGCUGUGCAGCACCAGCAACCGCAGGUACAACCACAGAAGCAGCAACAGCAGCGUUUCUGCCAGGCUCCGCGGAUUAAUAGGCUACAGACCCCGGCGCAGCAUCAGCAACAGCAGGGUGCUGUUUCCCCCCAACAGCUACAGGUAGCACCAGCGCAGCCACAGCAUCAGAGUGCGCAGGUGCAACCGCAACUGCAGCAGCAGCAAGUUUUGCAGCAGUCAUCGCAGGUGCUGUUACAGGGCUUACCACCUGGCCAGCACCAGCGGCCCCCACAGCAGCAGCAGCAGCAGCAGUGGCUGAUGCAUUCCACCAACUCUCCUACAGGAGUGCUACGGAGCUGUCUGCCACCGGAUGGCACAGCUGCUUCCAAUGCGUUGCCUGGUGUUUGUGGCCCUGUGGUCCCGGCGUUGCAGCAACACCCCCAGCAGCAGCCCCUACUGCUACCGCAGCACUUGCAAACGCACAAUAUGGUCAGCCCAGAAGUGGGGUGGCAGCAGCCUCAUGGACUGCAACCGACUCCACCACAUCGACAAGAGUCAGGUCAACUGCAACUUCUGAUGCAGCAGCCGCAGCAACACCAGACUGCCACAUCUCGUCCGUUACGCGCUUCCCACUCGCCCGCUGCUGCUGCAUUUUCUGCUGCAGCACGGCAGUUGAAUAGGGAGGUCGAGCUCAAUUCAGACAUCCCAGUCGCUUCCCCACAACAGCAGCCUUACUUGCCUUCACUGCAGCAGCAACACCAGCAGCUGCACGUAAGCAUAUCCUCUGGAGUUCCUCAGCACUGGUCUUCGACAGAUGCAGCCGCGCCAUCGCCGGCCCCCCCUUCUUUUGCUUCUGUGCAGCAGCAUGGUGCUUCCCCAGGAAGGUUAUCUAAAACUAGGCGUCCCCACGAUUCGCCUGCUAGCCGUGCUUUUGCAGCAGCAGCUGCGCGGUCAGAGGGCCACACGGUCAGUGACACCGAGAGUGAUGCUGGAAGCGCAACAGAAGGAGAGCAAAGGCGCGACCGUGAAUUGCUCGUUGGUGCAGCGUCUAAUAAUGAGGCCUGCAGGAGUGGCCGCAACAGCAGCGGCAGCGUCAUGGGCGGUGAACCCUCUAUGACUGAAAUUGCUGCUGCUGCCAUCACUGCGGCAGACGAGGCGGAAGCUGCAGCGGCUGCAGCUGCUAGGCAGAUUUUUAGUGCAGCUUCGGAAGAUGAUGACGUAUGGGAGCUCCAGAAGCGGCAGCAUGAGCAGACAAUGCAGCAGCAGCAGGAAGUAAUUGCCCAGAUACGGCAGCAGCAGGUGCGCUUGCAUUUGGAAGCUGAGAAGGGCACAAAAGAUAGCAACAGCGGAAGCAAAGGCACUGAGCAGGCUCGGCUUCGUCGUCCUCGAGCCUUAACUGCAGCAAAGCAAACAGCAGCUCGCAGAUCCCGAGUACAGCGUGAUUGUGAAGGUAGCAGCAGCAGAGAGACAAGCAUCAGCGGCAAUAACAGCGGCAGCAGCAGCAGCACUGAAAGAAGUCGAAGCAGCGAGGGCAGCAGUCACAGCGGUGAAAGCAGCGACGAGGAAUUUUCCCCCACUCGAGGGCUACACAGCACUUGUAAGCGCCUGCGUAAAGGAGCUCCCGCUACAGUUGAGAAGCAUCGUGGAAGGGGCGUCGCUACAUUGAAAGGCCGGAACAAUACAGCGACGCAGCGGAAACCUCGCACAGUUAGACGUAACCGCGACCACCGGAGCUCAACCCCGUCUACUGUUGCGACGAAUGUUUCAGAGGCAGACUCCGCAGUUCAGGAGGCAGGCGCUGGGAAGAAGCCAGUCACGCUUUGGGACCUUGUGAAGCGGAAUCUUCGCAGGAAGACUGCAGCAGGUGCAGCGGCUAGACGGAGCGCAGGCACUGGGAUAGCAACAGGCACAGUGGAAUCCCCGGUUGAUCAUACGGAGGAUCCGUUCGCGUUGCUUUUAACCCCUAGCCCGCAGCAGCACCAGCUGAAACAGCAGAAACAAGUCGCGGGUUUGGUGUCGACUACAAAUGGAGAUGGGUCGGAUCUUCAGGGUCUCUUCGAGGCUCCUGCUGGCGACAGCGGUGUAGAUUCAUUGCGCCUGGACUCCGACGGUAACUUGGUGGUUGCAGAUGGGCCCAAAGAGGUAUUCUGCUGCAGAUGUCUGGGCAUGUCGGGUCUGCUGGGAGGAGGCUGCAUGUGCACGAGCGGGCAGCAGAGACGUGUUCUUGAAGAAGACUUGACUUCUAGAGGAGCGUUUGUGCUACAGCCAUACGAAGGAGCAUACAAGAAAACAAAGGGAAAGCGCUGGACCGAGGAGGAAACCCGCAAGUUCUAUGAGUGUCUGUCCUCAUGCGGGACGGACUUGCUCCUGAUAAGAACGAUGAUGCCAGGCGUGACAGAUGGCCAACUAAAGCGCAAGCUCAAAAGGGAAGAAAAGAAGAAUGCAGCGCUUGUGGAGGCCGCACUGUCGAGAAAGCGUUCACUUUCACUCCAGGCUUACGAACAGCUCCAUGGGACUAUACGCCGGGAGCUGCACUGUCAGCCAUUGAACGACUCUGAUGAGGAGCCCCCACCAAGGGCUUUGAGCGCACUGGCCCUUCCGGCCCGGGCUGCAGUAACUGCCCCGGCAUCGAACGGCAGCAGUGGUUUGCUGACGCUUUUCGGAGACGACUCAGCCAUGGAUGCCAUCAUGGCUCCAGGGAACUCAGGGGAGCCCGCAGACUUGACUGAAGGGCUUGCAGGAGGGACAGUAAGGGAUACUUCCGAUGCUCUGGACACUUCUCUUAUGGCCCUGUUGGGGGGGCCUUUCUAA